GCCUUGGAGCUCCGCCCCCCGGUAAGCAUAGCGUCAGUUCUCAUGGCGCCUGCGGGGUAGUGGCAACGAAAGUAGUUGCCAUGGAGUUGCCCUGAGUAACCCUGAGGGACGCCGAGACUGGAGAGGAAGCAACUGCGGAAAAACCUCAGCUUAACUUUAGCUAACAAAUUGGAAGGGAUCUGAUAAGAUAAUUCACACCACAUUGCAAGUGACUGAAAAUAACAUUGUGUUCACCCCUCUCAGGGAAUAUUUCCAUUUUGACAGGGAACAAUCCCUGGACCCACAGGAAUGAAUCCCCAAUGGUGGAGUUUCAGGCAUCAGUGACAGGCUGAACCCGGACUCCCAGGGCACAUGGUUGCACCUGAUGAAUGAUGACCUGAACUAUGAACAAACAGGACUAUAUGAACACUUGGGUACAGGAGCCCCCUCUUGACUACUCCUUCAGAAGCAUCCACAUCAUUCAAGAUCUGGUAAAUGAGGAGCCAAGGACAGGGCUACGACCACUGAAGCGUUCAAAGUCGGGGAAAUCACUGACCCAGUCCCUGUGGUUGAACAACAAUGUUCUCAAUGAUCUGAGAGACUUCAACCAGGUGGCUUCAAUGCUGUUGGAGCACCCAGAGAACCUGGCCUGGAUCGACCUAUCCUUUAAUGACCUGACUUCCAUUGACCCUGUGAGUUCCAACCCCUAGGAAUCCAGUAGGGGAGACUGGAUAACAUGUAGGAAUGUAGAGGUUGGGGGCUGAACAAAGUGGCUGAAGCCUGGAACAGACUGUUUCUCGGUUCCAGUCAAAGUGUCUGAAGCCACUUUGUUCAGCCCCCAACCUCUCCACUCCUACAUGUUAUCAAGGAAGUUGUGAGGCAGCAUGGUGCAGUGCAAAGCACAGGCUGGGAGGUCAGACAGAUGUAGGUUCAAAUCCUGGGUUUGCCUCUUGCUAGCUGUGACUUUCAGCAAACUACAUAACCUCUCAAAACUGCAGCCUCUUGUCUGAACAAUGGUGAAGGACUAAAUGAAAAUACAUGAAAACCAACAAACAACUAGUACAUCAGAGGCCGAAGUAAAAUUGUACUGUCACUGGGCACCCACUGUGUCCUGUGCUGGGUUUUCCUGUGGAAGAGGUAGGCAGUAAAAGUACAGCACUUACUUUCUGUGAACUCAGAUUCAAGUUUUAGGAAAUAAAGUUUGGCCUUUUCUAGUCCAGAAUCCCUAAGGAGAGAAAGAAACUGGAGCAUGACUUGGAAAC